AUAGACGCGAACCGCCGCCCGUGCCGCACACCGCGCCCGCACCAUGUAACCCAACCAUGCGAACGAACAAAAUACAACAAAAAACUUAUAUCUUAUAAACUUAUAAAUUAAACUCAACUUAUACUAUACUUCUCAUCACCAUCAGUGAGGCUGCAAAGCAAUACCACACUUAUUCUAUCGUUAAAAUAAAGUUUAAAGUAGUUUUUAAAGUUUAACACCAGUAUUAUUACGUGUUAGUUUAUCGUCGGUAUAGUUGUUGUUUGUGCUUACUGUCUACUUAUUUAAGAUGGGCCAAUAUAUCGUCCCCGUGCUGCUUCUAGCGAUAGUGGCACUUUCCUCCAGUAAUGUUCUUCCAAGAUCCAUAAAUGACUUCAACAGAGAACAACUCGGGUAUGACAGCCAAAACGACAAUACAUUUAGUGAUAGAAAUGAAAGAAGAAACAUACUCGAUCAAAUAUACAAAAUGUAUGUCGCACAACAGCUCAAACCAGAAUCGAUAAAUGAUUUACAACCGAAAUACGCAGACGUUGAUAAUAAUCAAGAUGAUGACAUUUUUAACAUCUUAAAUAAAGAUGAUAACUACAAUGGCGAAGGUUUUCGGAAAGAACAGUGGCAUAAUUAUCCGAGACAAUUGGAUCGCCUCCACAACUUCUAUGGGCGUGAUACCGACAAGAGAAAUUUCGAUCCCGACCCGAAUAAAGAACAAUACUCUGAAGAAGUUGCACCUGAUAGAACCAACGAAAUUUACAUAGACAGCAAACCUGCUACGAAUAAUGUCUACGAUGCAGUGGUAGCUGCGCCUAACCCUUUACUAAUCUUAGAAAUGCGUUUAGCAUGCUUGAAUAAAGAUAUUGGAAACGCCAAUGCCCAAUAUGCUAAUCUUAUAGAUGGUGGACUAGAAACUAAUGUGAGAGAGGACGAUAAGAAUGAAUUCAGGAAUGAAAACCCCGAAGUGAGCGUAAUUAAAGUGAAACGGGAAGGCGUAACUAGUUCACAAAGUAAUGAGGCAACAGACAACCAAACGCAGAACAAAGCAGUGAAUAAAAGGAUCUUCUCGCUAUGGAGUCGUCUGCAGAGCCUCAACCACAAGGGUCAUGAGCUAGUAGCACAUCGGCGACAUCUACAUUCGUUCACCGGUCAACUUGAUUCUGAUGGCGGAGGGGCCCUCACUGCAGAGACUCGAGCCACUUUCCUACGACCCCCCGGCUCCCCACUUAGAUGGGGAUAAACCUAAAAGGAAUUGCUGAAACGGCUUUUAUAAUUUCCUACUAAUUUGCAGAAACGAAUUAGUUAAACGAGGAACGUGAUAAGUAUAUCGGAUGAAAGUAGUCCCAUUGUUAAAAUAGUAGCAAAAAUAUUAUAAUUGGAUGAAAUUGGUUCAUUUAGUAUGAGUUUUCUUAGAAUCGCGAUGCUUUUGUAUGCUAUUAAGUAUCUCUGGCCAGUUAUAUCAUUGUCUAGUGAUAGAUGUGUGUGUUAACGACAAAAAUGUGUAUUUAAAGCAAUAAUAUUAAUUGGAAUGCUCAGUUUUAUACUACGUUCGAUUGGCAGAUUAUAAAAACUCAUAUUUCUUUACAUGUGCUUGAAUUUAAUAAGAUAUUCGUUUAAAGAAGUAUUAUAGGUACUCUCCGUUCGUAAGAGUAACUCGAAUAAAAAUAUUUUUAGAAUAAAUAAAUCGGAUCCCUUAAAAUGCUGAAUAGUACAAUAAAAUGACCAAAUGUUUGCUAUCGUUUUUGAUGGUUGUCUGGUAGUAAAUAACAAUUUAUAACAAAUACUUAUAUUGACUGUUUAUACAUACGAGAACAAUAUUACAAUAAGUAUGUUAAUCGAAUAAAUAUGUACUAGUACUUAUUUUUUUAAAUUGACUGUGGACAUUACUGUACUUACUUUCGUUCUUGUGUGCAAGAUUUCAAUGCUUAUUGUCUUCUGAACUAAAAAAAAACUAUUUGUUACUAAAUAUUCCAUAGAAUAUAAUAUCUAUAUAACUUCCAAGUCUAUUGUGUCUAUAAGGUUAAAAAAAAACAAAAAGUAUUUGAAUAAUAUUAAUAGUGAUAAUAAAUUAAUUACGUAUAUUGCCAUUAUAUAUGUAAAUAAAUAAAAAAAUGUAUAUCAGC